AUGUUCAAGAAAGACAUCUCGGCCGGCGCAAAGUCGAAAGUAAAAUCGAGCGCCCAGCGCGCAAUCCGGUCCAAGGUCCUCGAAGAAUACCCCAAACUUGAGCCCUACAUCGAAGACAUCCUACCCAAGAAGGAGCAGUUAGACCUCGUCAAGCUACCCGAUCGCGUGUCCCUCUACACCCUCAACUCGACACCCCUCUUCUUCCAACACAUGGACGACGCCAUCAUCCCCCAUCUGACCCUCGUACACAAGUACCCCACCGCCUUCCACCGCCUGCGCAUCGAUCGCGGCGCAAUCCGUUUCGUGCUCUCGGGCGCCGCGCUCAUGGCACCGGGCAUGACUUCUCCUGGGGGCCGUCUGCCAAGCAAAGAUUUGUCGCCAGAGGACCAGGAGCGGUAUGGGUCAGAGGAUCUGGAGGCCGGAACGGUGGUGGUGAUUGAGGCCGAGGGCAAGGAGACGGCGUGUAUGGUUGGCGUGCUGAAGAUGGGGACUGCAGAGAUGAGGGAGAAGAAGAAGGGGCAGGCGUGCGAGGCUGGGCACUACCUGGGAGACGGGCUGUGGACCAUGGCUUUGUGA